AUGUGCACCAUCGCUCCUCGCGCCGCCGCUCCAGGCUUCGGCGCCACCGCGUUCCUCGACCGGCAGCGGGGCGUCGUCGCCGCGGUGGCUCCGACCGCGACUUCGGGCCACAACGCUGGGGAGCCGACACGCCUUAUUGCCCGCGCCUCCGAGGUGUCUACCGCAACCGCUCGGAAGCGUGGCCGCCACGACGGCUUCGAGCACGUCGUCGUCGACCCUGCAGCCUCGUCAGCGCUGCGGAUCCGGAUGGACGCGGAGCUCGUCGCCCUCAAGACUCAGAUCACGGCACCAGCAGCGAAUUCAAAGCAACAGCAGCGCCCAGCGGCCAAGAACCCGAUCGUUCUGGAAGUUCCCAGCAAGCAGCAGCGACCAGCAGAGACACCAGCAGCAGCGAAGCAGCAGCAGCACCCGGUCCAGCGUGCAGCGGCGGCCAAGACGGAAGUUCCGAAGAAGCGGCGGCCGGAGGAGGAGAAGGAGCUUGCGCGCGCAGCCGCAAGGGAGCAGUUCCGGCAGAUGCUGCUGGAGAUGGAGAAGUCGGCGCUGCCCGAUGAGACGAUAUACCCGGAGGACCUACAGGAGCUCGGCAUACCAUUCGAGUUUGUCGUGACUCGGACGUGGAAGCAGGCGCUGGAAGAUCACGCCAAGAAAGUGGAGUUCGUAGGCGUCUAG